CCAGCUCUGUCCUCUGGCACUUUUUCUUCCUCCUAUUUGUUUUCUUCUUUUCUCUCGAGAGUAGUGUUGUUUUCGUUCGUCUGCCUUGUUUUACUCGAAGUUGUGCAAGAAAUGGCUUCGAAAGUACUUAGGAAAGAGGUUCUAGCUGCGUUUAGGAAACUGCACAAGACACGCCAGAAAGUCUUUAGAGAUGACAUCCAUGCACUGACAGCGGCAAGAGAAAAAAUUAAUGAAGAAUUUCGUAAAAAUAUUGCAGUUAGAGAUGAAUCUGCCAUAAAAGAACUUGUUGAUUUUGCUAAAGCUGUGGAGUAUGAAAUGCGAACAACAAUAGUACAAGCCGUUGAGGUUGCCCCCGGAAGGUUUGCUGCAAGAAUUACCGAGGAUACACAGCUGCUCGAUAAUGUAGAAUUUGAUAUUACAAAAAUUCCUGAUGCACCACCCAAGGGCAAGAGGGUCUCUGUAUGCUGUCAGGAUCCAACACAAAAGAAGGAUUAGGUUUCUUUUAGGUCCGAAUUUAACUUAAUAUGUACUGAUCUAGUAUUGUGCAAUAUGUACCAAACCACUUUUCUGUUAUCUGUAAGUUAUCCUGUAGUUUCUCUUUUGGUUUGUAAUUAACUCGAUAGUAAAUCCACCUAUCUUUGUUUCUGAAA